AUGGCAAAAUGGUCGAACAAUCUAACUGCUGGAGAUUAUUCAAUCCCUAGCUUCAUGGUUCGAGAUUGUAGGUUUUUGCUGGCGAAGCCUUUAGCCAUAAUAAUAAAUUUGGCCCUACGUUCUGGUUCGUUUCCGGGUCGCUGGAAAAGAAAUAGAAUUAUCCCAGUUUUAAAAAAGGAGAACCCACAUCUGUUAAGCAAUUAUAGACCGAUCUCCAUCCUUCCCAACUUUGCAAAAAUUGUUCUUUAUCGGUGUAUAGAUGGAAGCGUUCAUAGCUACAUUUCUGAGAAUCAACAUGGAUUUAUGACGGGACGAUCCACUGUUACAAAUUUAGCUGUUUUGACCCAAGAUUUAAGUGAGUCACUGGAUAGAAGGGGUCAGAUAGAUGUUAUCUAUACGGAUUUUUCUCGUGCCUUUGACGCUAUAUCGCACAACAUCUUGCUCGUUAAAUUGCAUCGCUUUGUCUGCUCUGAUACUUUACUGAAAUUAUUAUCAUCCUAUUUAACGGGUCGGGGCUCCAAUCUUGGUCCAUUACUUUUUAACAUUUACCUGAAUGAUCUCUUCUCCUCGUUAAGAUGCUCCUGCCUCGCCUAUGCCGAUGAUGUUAAGAUCUACAAUAGUAUUUCAUCGAUAGUAGAUACUGCACUACUUCAGACGGACCUUGACAAGAUAGUGGAGUACUCAUCCGAAAAUAAACUGUUUUUGAACACAAAAAAUUGUUAUUAUGUCACAUUUACACAGCAACCUCGGUGCUCCCUCCCCGGAAAGGGAGCUGGCGCCCGAUCACCGCCGCUCCCGACCCAAGGCGCCACCCCCGGCGACGCCUAA